AUGGAUCUAACGGACAAAUUCGGCGACCUCUCGUCGCUGCUAGUAGAGCCGUCGGAUCCGAACCACCUAUCGCUGCUCUCCACUGGUGGUGGCCCAGGCGCUUCUGGUGGGUAUGAGAGGCAUGAGUCGAGUCAGAGGGCUGCUGCUGCUGGUUCUUCUCCUCCUCUUGGGCUUUCCGCUGCUUCUGCUGCUGGUGCUUCUGGUGCUGGUGGUGCUGGUGGUGCGCGGUCAGGGCUGGGUCUGCCUCCUCGCAAGGACCCCAAGGCACGGGGAUGGCAACAGCAGCAGCAGCAGCAGCAGCAGCAGCAGCAGGAUCUGAUUGAGUGGAGCACGAGUGACGUGUGCUCGUGGCUCAUCCACUCCGUUGGCUUCCCAGACGGCAGUGGGCGAGAGUAUGCACGUGACUUGACGAGCAUCAGGUGGAUGGGCUUUCUCUCAUCGGCAACACACAUCUCUCUUUUUCCCCGCUCCCUUUCCUCCCUCAUCUUCCUCCCUCAUCUUCCUCCCUCAUCUUCCUCCUCCCUCAUCUCCCCCAGAUACGCACGGGACUUUGAUCAGCAUCAGGUUGACGGUCUCUCGCUGGUCGGCAUCACAAACUCCCACCCGGCUCUUGCUCGCAUGCGAUUGGCCGAUUACACCCUCUUCGAAUCCCACCGCCGCCAGCUGGUAACCGCAGAGGCUGCUGCCCCUCCUGCCGCACACCACCCACCUCCACCGCUCUCAACUGUUGACUUCUCCGCAUCUACCUCGUCUGCCGUAGAUUCUGCUGCAGCCGCUGGUGGUGGCAGUGCGGUGCUCUGCGGCGGUGCUGUGAACGGCAAGGUUGGAGUGGGUGCAGUGCGGUGCGGCUCCGACCCCACUGUUCUCCUUCAUCACUUACCCAAGCAACACUCAGUUAAAAGCCGGCAUUAUGACGCCUCCUCUACUGCCAACACCCCUUCAGCUCUCAGUUGCAGCCAUCCCUUCCGCCACCGUCGCACCAGCAGCAUCGGCGCCUCAAUCGUAUCAGAUCUUCUGCAGAAAAGGACAAAUACCACCGGUGGGGCAGGGGAAGGCCGGCCGGCAGCAUUGCAGUCUCCUGCCGCCCGGAUAAGCAGGCAGGGGAGUGGGGUGGCUGGGGCUGUGGGGGGGUGGUUUGCCGGUUGGGGAAGCAGGCAGGAAGGACAGCAGGAGGCUGAGGAAGAGAGGGAGAGGGCACGAGCUCUGGAAGAGACGGACGAGCGGAGAAGACGCAGCAAGGGAGAGGAGGGCGAGGGAGAAGAGGGAGAGGAGGGAGAGGAAGAGGGGGAAGGAGAUGAGGAGGGGGAGGUGGUGGCGGCGGUGGUGGAGGAGGUGGUGUGUCUGCGAGGGGAGGUGACAGCAGCAGAGGAGAGGGAGUGCACCGUCAAAGCACAGCUGUGUCACCUGGAUGACCUCCUGAAGGAGUCUCUGCUCGUGGAGUAUCUGCCCACCAGAACGAAAUGGGCGUCCACACCGAACGACCCAGCUACUCUCAAUGGCACCACCGCCACGGAGGAGGAUGAGUGGGUGCCGCGCUUCGUGACGCUCACGCCCACCGACAUAGCAUGCUACCUGCACGCCACCGACCUGCACCCGCAGAUCACCCUCCCCGUCGCCUCCAUCGCCUCCGCCGGCACCCUCCACAUGGCCCCUGCACAUCCGGCUGUAGCAAAGGAGACAUCAUCUGCUGUAGCGCCGGCUGUAGCAACGCCGUCAUCACCAUCGGAGGAGUGGUUUGCGUUCCACGUGACGACCAGCUACGGGUUCAAGCUGGAAUGUGCCACUCGCAGCUGUGCCAAGCUGCAGCUGUGGCUGGCAACAGUGCAUGAGGUCAUUGCCAAUGCUGGCAUCAACUCCAGCUUUGAUGCAUCUCAAACAUGUCCAUCUAACCACCUCUCUUUCCUGUCCUCCUGUGUCAUUCUCCUUCCCUCUGUGCAGCUGCAGCUAUGGCUGGCGACAGUGCAUGAGGCCAUUGCCAAUGCUGGUAUCAACUCUACCACUCAUUUGCAGCAAGGCGAGCUGGACAGAGAGGAAUUCGACGACUCAGUACACGUGUCAGAACUCGGAAGGGCAGACACCUUCCGCCGCCCUCUUGGACACGUGCAGCGUGAAUCGUCUGCUUUUGUAACACUUGUCACAGGGUGUACAGCGACUGCAACGUCAUCACUCCCAACGACCCCCACAGCAUCACCACCUUCAGCGUCCCUCGCAGCCUUCCUCCCCGCCGCCGGCGGACGGCUGCCUGUCACUUCCUCCACUCACGCCACUCCGUUGGUGAAGGGAAAGGUCUUUCUGCGCUAUGUGGCCAGGCUCACUCCCCCUCGUAGCAACGGAAAAGUGGUUGGCGACCGAGGAGCAACUGGAAAAGUAAUCAUGAAGGGAAUCAAGGCCUCUGCAAGUGCCAACUACGUUGUGCUCAAAGUGCGAGUCAACAACGUCCGGUCUGGAGGGGCUGUGCCCUCCAUGGACACCGUUUUGAAUUGCCUUGCUGGCAAGUUUGAGGCAGGAUAUGAAGGAUUGGAGAUCACCUCCUUGUGA